UAGUUAGGAAGUUAGGGAGGGUGGGGUAGGAGUGGGAGCCUGCUGCUCUUGGGGAAGAGGAGCGCUGAGGUUCUCUCCAGGGUCAGGGGGUCGUGGUGAGAAGUGCUUCUGAGGAGUGGCCCAAGCCCCUUUUUGUCGCGCCUCUUUUCUUGGAGCAUCCUUUGGUUGGCUGCCCUGGAACUGUCAGGCUGGUUUUGUUUGGCCCCAGCUGUCCCUGCCUUCUCGCCCAACCCUGCCAUCCCGGUGCCUUAGUUCCUGAAGCGGCCUCUUGUGGCUGGAACCGCGGGCCAGGCAGGACCCCGGCAGCAGACGGUGCUCAACAGUUCGGGUUCAUCUGCCCAGCCGGGUUUGCACCCCGCAUGUUGUCACUCUCACUGACAAAGUUUCUCUGUGGAAAAGAAGCCUUGCCUAGAUCCUGGAGCUCUCGAGCGCUCUGCCUCUCCCUUUCUGCGCUUGGGGACGCGGUUGUGGCACUGCUCCUGCCCCGGACCUGGCUGCUCGGGGGCGGGGCUUGGGGGAACUCGAGCACCUUUAAGGAUAGCCCUCGACUCCGCGUGGAUCCUGAGUGAGCGCUGGCGACCUGGGAGCGAGCAAAUAGCCGCAGCCUAGCUGGAGUCCCUCGGCACUGAACUGAAUCCUCGGAGGGACGCUAACCCCGCACCCUCUUCUGCCCUGGCUCCGUUCUCGGCUUACUUGAGAGCGCACACUGGUCAGGACUCCUCGCGUGGAGGUCUUGAACGUCGGUGCCCCCACAGAGCGGCCACCCACCUGCCGUGGGGAGCUGUUUCCAUGGUUCUUUCCCGCGUGCCUGGAAUUGGCCUCCGGCCUGAGCGCUGGGAUGCUUGCUUUUGCUUUGUCCAAGUUUCACAGCACGUAUGUUGACGAUUGGAAUCCUGAGCCAAUCAAGAGUCAAGCUCAGAGUGGUACUCCAGGGCUCUCUGUUCUAGACUCCAACAAGUCUAAUUUGAGACUAGAAGAGAGGGGUCUCCUGCUCCGAUCAGUCGAUCUCCGUUCCAGAAGUGGACUUGACUGAGCUCUCCUCACUGACACUUGGGCUGCAGCAGCUACAGGGUGCUCUUGAGUGGAGGGGGGGGCGUGUGCUCUGAAGACCAGACCCCAACACUCAGAACCUCGAGGAUGGACAGAGUUUACGAAAUUCCUGAGGAGCCAAAUGUGGAUCAGGUUUCACCUCUGGAGGAAAAUGUCAUCCGUGGGGCCAACCCGCGCUUCACCUUCCCAUUUGGCAUCCUCUUCUCCACAUUUCUGUACUGUGGGGAGGCUGCAUCUGCCUUGUAUAUGGUUAGAAUUUAUCGAAAGAAUAAUGAAACCUACUGGAUGGCAUACACCUUUUCCUUCUUUAUGUUUUCAUCCAUUAUGGUACAGUUGACUCUCAUUUUUGUCCACAGAGAUCUGGCUAAAGAUAAGCCUCUGUCGUUGUUUAUGCAUCUAAUCCUCUUGGGACCUGUUAUGAGAUGUUUGGAGGCCAUGAUUAAGUACCUCACACUGUGGAAGAAAGAGGGGCAAGAGGAGCCCUAUGUCAGCCUCACCCGAAAGAAGAUGCUAAUAAAUGGCGAGGAGGUGCUGAUAGAAUGGGAGGUGGGCCACUCCAUCCGGACUCUGGCUAUGCACCGCAAUGCCUACAAGCGUAUGUCACAGAUCCAAGCCUUCCUGGGCUCAGUGCCCCAGCUGACCUAUCAGCUCUAUGUCACUCUGAUCUCUGCAGAGGUCCCCCUGGGUAGAGCUGUGCUAAUGGUCUUUUCCCUGAUAUCUGUCACCUAUGGGGCUACCCUCUGCAAUAUGUUGGCUAUCCAGAUCAAGUACGAUGAAUACAAGAUUCGCCUUGGGCCACUGGAAGUCCUCUGCAUCACCAUCUGGAGGUCAUUGGAGAUCACUUCCCGCCUAGUGAUUCUGGUGCUCUUCUCGGCCACCUUGAAAUUGAAGGCUGUACCCUUUUUAUUACUGAACUUCCUGAUCAUCCUCUUUGAGCCUUGGGUUAAGUUCUGGAGGAGUGGUGCCCAGAUGCCCAGUAACAUUGAGAAAAAUUUCAGCCGGGUAGGCACCCUGGUGGUGCUGAUUUCAGUCACUGUUCUCUAUGCUGGCAUCAACUUCUCUUGCUGGUCAGCCAUGCAGCUGAGGUUGGCAGACAGGGAACUUAUUGACAAGGGUCAGAACUGGGGACAUAUGGGCCUACACUAUAGUGUGAGGUUGGUGGAGAAUGUGAUAAUGGUUUUGGUUUUUAAGUUCUUUGGAGUGAAAGUAUUACUGAAUUACUGUCAUUCCCUAAUUGCCUUGCAGCUCAUUAUUGCUUAUCUAAUUUCCAUUGGCUUCAUGCUCCUUUUCUUCCAGUACUUGCAUCCAUUGCGCUCACUCUUCACCCACAAUGUAGUGGACUACCUCCACUGUGUCUGCUGCCACCGACCCCCUCAGGGCAGGCCUGAGAUCUUGGAGCCAUCCUUUGAGCCUGAAGCAAGGCAAAGCAUUGUCUGAUUCUACUCUUCUGGGUAUUUGGGGGUGGGUUGGGGGCUUCUAGGAACAGCUGUAAAAUCUAAGGGAAGAAUAAGGUUCAUGGGUGAGUACCCACCAGGAUAUUUUCUUGAGUUUCCUGGUAAGCCCAUCAGAGGAAAAAAUAGCCUCCAAGUAAGUUUUAUCUCCUUAAGACUGCUAUGCUUGGUCAUAAUGAAUAUCCACUAUAUAGUUGGAGGCGUCAGAGAUACUGUUCACCACAUCCCUGCAACCCCCUUCAGCUGUCUGGCUGCCCUGUGGAAUAAUUAUCUGCAAGCACCUUAGACUCACUAUAACUUUCCAGCUCUACUCAUUUGCUUGAGACAUUACUGAACUUUUCCGGCCUGAGCUGAAGGCCCAGAAUCCCACCAGAAUACAUCCUGACUGAUUAGAGGGUGUGACAGCUUACCAGCUGUGGGAACCUCACAGGGGCCGGUCUGACUCAUGUGGAACCGGCAACUGUGAGAGUGUCUGGGCCCUUUAAAUUCCAAAGAGAAGCUCUGCUAAGAGGAUGGCCCCCAUUAUUAAAAGAGCUUCUCCCCAAAUGAGUUAACUCUCCAAUACGAUUUUAGCAGUGGUCAUUCAGCAAGGACCUCUCCUUUCUGUGGCCCUUUAUAGGCACACUCUGGGGUGGGAGUGCUGAAUAGGAUUCCUUCAGGGCAGAAGCCAGAAUGACUCUUUUCUCAGGGACCUGCAUGAGCCUCCAGCUGGUCGAGUGGAGUGGUGGGGUGAAAUCUCUCACUUAGUGCCUCAACAACACGGAUUCCCUCCAACUCAGCUUUUGUUGUGCUCUUGAUAUUUUACUACUUGAUGUGGAUCUCAGAGAAGCUGAACCAUAAUUGCAAGCAUUUCUAACGUGUGGAAGAAAUGAAGACUGCCUUGUAUCUGCUACUGUCUUCAGUAUUUUAUUGUGUGUGUGUGUGUGUUUUAGGGGAGAGAGAAAGUAAAAAUGGUUGGGUCAUCGCCUUCAUGUUGUUUGGGUUUAGAAUGGGUGGCUAAUACUCUCAGGUAUAAUAAAUGAAGAGGAGGGAGAUCAGCCCACAUUAAAUCACAUUGAUUCUGGCUUCUGCCUACAGGAUUUUACUUUCUAACAAGGAGCCUAUGUUUGUCAACCCUCUGCUCAUUCAAUCACACAUUCCCAGUGAAUGAAUGUAGGUCUCCCUUUCCCAUGUAUCUUGAUGUUCAGCUUUCAUAUUAGCAAUGCAUUUUGAUGGGAAUAUCAGCUGGAUUCUUAUAAGAUAACGAAGGGAUCGAACUUACUAUGGCCACUGCCUGUUGGGACCGAGGGUCUCAGCCUUUACCUAAUGCUUGUCCUUCACAGAAUGGGCAAGUGAGAAGAACUCCGAGUAGCAUGCUCCAUUUGUGGCCACCACAAUGCUGCAAGAAAUUGUGACCAAGCUGACGUGGGCUUCCCACCCCAUCCAGCUUUUUUUUAAAUAUAUAUAAUUUAUUUUAUUUUUUGUUGUUGAGAAUACAUACAGCAGAACAUACACCAAUUCGAUGAUUUCUACAUGUACAAUUCAGUGACAUUGAUUAUAUUCUUAAAGUGGUGCAACCAUUCUCACCCUCCUUUUCUGAAUGUUUCCUCCCCCGUCAACAUAGACUCACUGCCCCUAAGUUUCCUGUCUACUCUUUCAAGUUGCUGUUGUCAGUUUGAUCCCAAAGAGCUAGAUCUUGAAAGAGCAUAAUGCUCAAGACAGACAUUAUUUACUAGUUAAGCUAAACUAUUGUUUGGUUUUAAGAAGACUUCAGGAGAUAUUUUUGGUUUAAGGAUUAAAGAUUAUCUCAGGGCUAUAGUUUUGGGGGUUCAUCCAGCCUCCCUGGCUCCAGGAAACCUGGAUUCCGUGAGAAUUUGAAAUCUACUCCCAUCCAGUUUUACUCUCAGGAUGACGCUAAGAAUUGAUCUUUCUCCGUUUCCCCCUCUCUUAUCCAGUGUCAGUACACUAUGUUGGGGGAACACUCUCUUCGAAGUAGAAGGGUUGUUGGCCAAGUUUGUCCUAUUUCCUGGCAUGUCUAGUGCGGUUUUCCCAUCCUCAGCCACUGUUUGGGGCCUAAAGGACUGGAUACUUAAUUUGGGGGAGAAUGAUGUGACUUGCUUUGGAGAAGGGGAGAUUUCUUUUCUCAACCCUAGCUCCCUCAUUCCAUUUUUCAUGAUGAAGAAGAGACUUAGGUUGUUGUCAUAAAAUGCCCACACUGUUGUGUUCUGACUGUAUUAUUCAAGGUGAAUUUGAAAAAAUAAUCUAUUAGAACAAAUUGCCUCUUUGGAAUUCAAGCAAGAAUUUCUCCCCAAUGGUCAACAUGACCUCAAUUAAGAGCAGGAGCAGUGUAGAACUAUAAUUAUGUCCAUAAAAGCCAUGUGACUCAGCUACUUAAGGGGCGAGUGCUAUGGAAACAUAGAGAGAAAGAGAGACACUAACUGAAGCAGGCAGGCUAAUUAGAGCUAGAGUAGAGAGGUACAAGGCAGAAAAGGGUACCUCAGUACUGGACCAGGCAUAUUUUCUCCCACGUAUCCUCACCAAUCUCAGUGACUUAACUUCCUGGGAAUGCAAGGAGUUUAGAGAGAAGGGUGUGGAGCAGCUUCUGACCUGAAAAACCUGCUGUCCUCAUCCAAGGACAAGAGACUAGUGAUGCAUCAUGCAAAUGAGCCCUCAGAACCUCCUUUCUGUUCCACAGAAUCUUCCAGAUACACAGGAGAAGAAGGGUUUGUGGAAUAUGGUAGUGGGGCAGAGGAAGCACCCUCCUUCCAUCUGAAAAUGCUUCUUUAAUCUACGGUUUCUCUUUUUCUCUCUGAACUUUUAAAGCAACACAGGGUACUUGUGUAGGGGGAAGUCUUACUGAGUGGGAGAGGAGGCAGAGAAGGGGCCAGCAAAUGGGAAAGGGGUACUGGAAAAGGAAUCAGUAAGAUUGGGGAAAAGAACUAAGCCAUUGUGACAACAGCUGAGACACUAUUCUUAAAUUGGUGGGAACUGGCCUAGGUAUGGGCAACCCAUUGCUGUUAAGUUGAUUCCAACUCAUAGCGAUCCUAUAUGACAGAGUAGAACUGCCCCAUAGGGUUUCCAAGAAGCAGCUGGUGGAUUUGAACUGCUGACCUUUUGGUUAGCAGCCAACCUCUUAACCAGGGUACCCUGGUGGCGCAGUGGUUAAAGAGUUCAGAUGCUAACCAAAAGGUCAGCAGUUCAAAUCCACCAGCUGCUCCUUGGAAGCCCUACGAGGCAGUUCUACUCUGUCCUAUAGGAUUGCUAUGAGUCAGAAUUGACUUGAUGGCAAUGGGUUUGGUUUUUUGGUAGGUACAGGCAAAUUAACAUGUUAGGGAAAUGUGUUAAAUAAACUAAUGGUUGUCAAUUUCAUUCACUCCACACAUUAAAGACUAUGGGCGUAGAAUUGUGAGGCACCAUGGAAGAAAGAUAUAAUAGCUAAUAUUUAGAAGCACUUACUAUAUGCCUGGCAUGGCACUAAGUACUUCGUAUUCAUUAUCUCAUUCAAUCCUCACAACAACCCUUAUGAGGUGGGUACUGUUAUUAUGUCCCAUGUUACAAAUGAGAAUUCUAAGGCAUAGAAAGUUAAGUGAUCUGCUCAACAUCACAACUACUGCGAGAGCCAAGAUUUAGACUCCAGAGAUUACACUCUUAAUCCUGACACAAGCCUCUAAGUCCUCUUAGACACUUUGUGAAAUGAUUUAAUAUGUUAGUGGUUUCAGGAACAUUUUCUGCUCUGUGGGUGGGUUCAUAACUUUCUUUUCUACAAAUAUUUCUUAUCGAGGGCACCACUCAAUUCACUCUAGAGAGAGAGGUGUCAAAUCCUAAAAAGCCUGGAAUGAAAACCGGGUAUGUGCUUACAUGUACUUGUAGGUUGCUGCUGAGCAUGUGUGAGGUGUAGGAGGGUUGGGACGUGGGAAGAAGGAUGGUAGAGAAGCCUGUUUCAUUUCUAGUUUCAGAACUUUGUGUCCUGUAUGCUCUUAAACACUCACCUUCCAAACCCUUGUGGUGGGAAGAAAACUGGAGGGAACAAUUCUAACUCAGGUUUGUAUGAACUCUGACCCCAGAAACAACCAAUCAGAACAGGACAGUGCUGAAGCCCAUUCUUUUUCACUUCCUCUGACAGCACUGCUCUUACUCCCAUUGAGAAGGUGGCUGCCAGUUCUAGAAUAAGCUAGGGAUUGUGGACAGUGGAGAAUCAUGUUUCUCCAUCAGCUAUCACACUCCUGAGAGCCUAGGCCAACCCUCAGUGCUCUAUCAGCCAUCCUUCUCACACCCGCAGCUCACCAGGUCACAGUCCUUAACAUUACAGAGUUUACUGCUACUUCCUGGGGUGAGGUUGAGGGAUGGGUCGCUGUAGGGUAGGGUACUCACCAGCAUAUUCCAUGUAAAUCCAUGGGCUUCUGUCUCUAAGAAAUUCUUUAGUACAAAAGCAAUUGACUCUGGAUCAGAGCCAAAAUAUUUACCUACCCAAGUAUGGGGACCCUAGUUCCCUGAAGCUUUUGCUAUUGGGCUUUACCAUCUUCAGGGGACACUUAUGCCCAUAAUUUUAUACCUUUCUUCCUGAAGGACUGGGACCAUCAGUCACAGAGCUUCUGGAGGGUACAGUGAAAGUAUGUUAUGGGCCUUGAUGAUAAAGCAUAUACCAUGUGAAAAUGGGAAGUAGCAAGGCCAAUGUGUGCUGUUAAAGACCAUAAUGAGAUCUGAGAAGUAAGAGUGAAAAUACUUUUCCAUGUACGAAAAUAACGUUGGAACUCCACUUUAUAAUAUCCAAGGCACAUUUACAUACAUGAGCUCAGUUAUUGAUGCAUCAUUGCUAGGACAAGACCCUGUGGAUUGGCAUUGUUCUAACCUUCAAUUCAUCAAACAUUAAUAAGCGCUUAUUUUGUGCCAGUAAAACCUGUAUGGACAUCUCAAAGUGCUAGAUAGCUGCUGAAGGCCUCAAAAAUGAACCCCAAAAUUACCUAGUGUAAGUGAGGUUGGAGACAAACAGGCACUCUCAUACAUCAUUGGUAUGAGUGUAAAAACAGGCAUAUGUUUUUGGAGGGCGAUUUAUCAGCAUUUAUCAAAAUUAAGUGGGCAUACUUUUUUGUCUCAGAAUUUUAACUUCCAGGAAUUUGUAUUAUAGAAACAUAGCCCUCAAGUAAGUAUCGAAACAGCCACAAGUGUGCAAAGAGAUUUGUACAGGGAUGUUCAUUGCAGCACUGUUUAUAAUGGUGAAAAAUCAGUAACAAUUUAAAUUUCCAUCUAUGGCGAAAUGAAGAGCCCUGGUGGCACAGUCAUUAAGAGCUUGACUGUUAACCAAAAGGUCGGCAGUUCGAAUCCACCAACCGCUCCUUAGAAACCCUAUGGGGCAAUUCUACUUUGUCCUGUAGAGUCACUAUGAGUUAGAAUUGACUUGAGGGCAAUGAUUAAAUUCUGGCAAUUCCAUAAUUGGAAUACUGUCCAACCAUUAAGAAUGGGGGUAGAUUCAUAUAACACGUACUAUGUGAAAAGAACGGAAACAAUGGUGGCAUAGUGGUUAAGUGCUAUGGCUGCUAAUCAAAGGGUCAGCAGUUUGAAUCUGCCAGGUGCUCCUUGGAAGCUCUAUGGGGCAGUUCUACUCUGUCCUAUAGGGUCACUAUGAGUCAGAAUUGACUCGACGGCACUGGGUUUGGUUUGGUUUUUGUUUAUGUGAGAAGAUGUGUGAUGAAAGCAAGUUGAAGAACAAAAGAUAUAGGAUGAGGUUAUGAAGAAUUACCCAAAAUUUGGAAACAAGGGUGCAGUAGGAAGAAUAAUGUCACCCCCCCGCAAGAUUCCAAGUCCUAAUCUUUGGAACCUGUGAAUAUGUUAUGCUAUAUACCAAAACCAAAUCCAGACCCAUUGACAUCAAAUCGAUUCCAACUCAUUGAGACCCUAUAGAACAGAGUAGAACUGCCCCAUAGGGUUUCCAAGGCUGUAAAUGUUUACAGAAGCAGACACUGUCACAUCUUUCUCCUGUGGAGCAGCUGGUGGGUUUGAACUGCCAACCUUCUGGUUAGCAGCCGAUCUCCUAACCACUCUAUCACCAGGGCUCCUGUUUGCUACAUAAACCAAAAAACCAAACCCACUGCCAUCGAGUGGAUUCCGACUCAUAACAACCCUAUAUAAAAAAAAAAAAAUUAAGGUUGCUAAUCUGUUGACAUUGAGAUGGGGAGGUUGUCCUGGAUUAUCUUGGUGGGCCUGAUAUAAUCACAAGAGUCCUUAUAACAGAGAAGGUGACGUGAAAACAGAGGCAGAGAGGUUUAAAGAUGCUACAUUGCUGGCUUUGACGAUGGAGGAAGGGGCCAUGAACCAAAGAAAGCAGUUUUAGACCCUGGAAAAAGCAAGAAAACAAAUUCUCCCCUAGAACGUCCAGAGGAAGUGUGACCCUGCUAACAUCUUUCUUUUGGCUCAGUGAAACUGAUUUCAGACUUCUGACUGCCAGAAAUAUAAAAGAAUACAUGUGUGUUGCUUGAAACCACCAAGUUUGGGGUAAUUUGGUACAACAGCAAUAGGAAACUGAUGUUUUAAUGUCAUGCUCAGAGCAUUUUCUAACAUAACCUGACACUCAAGGUCUGUUGUUGUGGUUAGUUGCCAUUGAUUCGACUCUGACUCGUGGCGACCCCAAGUAUGGAGAAAAGAACAGCUCCAUAGGGUUUUCAAGGCGUGACCUUUCAGAAGCAGAUCACCAGGCCUGUCUUCUAAGGUACCACUGCGUGUGUUCAAACUGCUAAACUUUCGGCUAGUAGUUGAGCACUAAACUUUUCAAUUGACUUUGUCAUCUUGUUGGUUUCCUCUUUGACGAGUUAAAUAAAACUUUGGCACAUGCUCACUUUAUUUGUAUGAGACUUUAAAAAAAUAUAUUUUGAGAAUCAUAGUUUAACACUGAUGCCAUUUUUGUAAAAAUAAAACUGAAACAAUAUGAGGGGUUGGGGGGUGGUGGAGGAAUUUGUUCCAUACUCUUGACAAGUAGUGGUUUUCUGGUUGGGGGUGUCUAGGGGAGAUUAUUGGGAAUUUCUCCUAUGUUAAGUAUUUUGCAAUAUUUGAACUUUGUAUAACUUGACAAGGUAUUCGCAAUAAAAAGUAUCUUACUUUUAAAAAUAAAAUAUGUAUGGAACAAUGAUUCACAUACAGCGCCUUCCUUCAACAAGUUUAUGAUCUGGCUAGAGAGAGAGACACGUACUGCUUACAACUAACUAGAAAUAUAAGGCAAGUUAUUCUAGGUGCCUUUGAAGGAGGGGAGCUAUCAUCUAUUGAGUGCUUACUAAAUACCAAGUUCUGCGUUGAGUCAUUUACAUAAUUUUCGUUUAUUGUCACAACAGCGCUGUGAGUUAGAUGCAUUUCUCAGAUAAAGAAGCCCAAUCAGAGAACUACUGCUUGUCAAGAGUAUGGAACAAAUUCCUCCAACCGCCUCCAACCCCUCAUAUUGUUGUUUCUGCUUUGUUUUUACAAAAAUGGGAUCAGUUUUAAACUAUGAUUCUCAAAAUGUUAAAAAAAAAAAAGUCUCAUACAAAUAGUGAGCAUGUGGCAAAGUUUUAUUUAACUCGUCAAAGAGGAAACCAACAAGAUGACAAAGUCAAUUGAAAAGAGGAUAUGAGAACUGGGGUUUUAUAGGUAAGCAAUGAAAAACAAAGGGAUGCUAAAUCAAGAUUGUUAAGUUAGAAUCAAAACUGGUUAACGGCCUGCAGGGCAAUAAAAAACAAAAUCUUGGUGUCUUUUUUAGGUGGACAGAAAAGGAUAUCAUUUCAUUUUGUCAGUUUUACCGAGUUGUAGAAUGAUUGGACUCUAAGCAAUUGUGCUAAAUCACAUUUUCUAGACCUAGAGACCCUGGGUGGUGCCAACAGUUUAGUGCUCAACUACUAGCCGAAAGGUGGGCAGUUUGAACACACGCAGAGGUACCUCAGAAGACAGGCCUGGCAAUCUGCUUCUGAAAGGUCACGCCUUGAAGACCCUAUGGAGCUGUUCUGUUCCGCAUACCUGGCUAAUCUUAGCCUGCUCCAUAUGGUUCCCUGCCCUCUACACACUCAUAUCCUUGGCUUUGGGCCCCAGUCCCUCCUUGCUGUCCUGAUCCAUUUAGCUUUGCUUCCCUUGUCUACCAACCUCUGCUGGCUUCACUUCACCCCAAUUCACUCUUCUCCCUUGUAUUGGCUAACUUGCCAAUGAGACAUUCUUCCCGCCAGCUUCAGUCCCACUGUACUCAAACCUGCUAGGCAAGCUGUCCUCUUCUAGCCAGGAGAGUGAGAUUGAACAGGUCUAGCCAGGUCAGGAAACUAAAACUUCAGUGGGAGUGGAGUGGAAGAAUCAUGUGCUUAGGGAGCUAAGCUAGGAAUUCAUCACCAGAGCAGAAAAGCAGGAACUUAAGUAAGAAUGAAGUUGAAAGCUAGAGUUUGGAGGAUGAGGAGGUAAAUACUAGAGCAAAUCUAAAGCCUAGGGGUGUGGCCUGGCCUGGAAACCAGUGGGGUGUUGGCUAGUGAGACAGGAAUGGAAGGAAUGCAAGUGCUUGCCUCUACUGAAUACUUCUGAGUGAGGUAGUUUCCAUGGGGUUUUAUUGCCCAGUCAUUAGAACUUGCUUCCACUUGGGCUUCCCUAAAAUACCUGGCAGUGUCAAGCAAUGAGAUAUAAGAAGCAAAGUGCUGUAGGAGGACUGAGGAAAGAGAGAUUCAAUUCCAACCAAAGAGCUCAGGAGACUUGCAUAGAAGAUAUGAAAUGUGAACUAAGCCCUGAAGGAUAAGUACGGUUUCCAUUGGUGGUGGGUGGUGAUGCAUUUUAGCAGAGGGGAAAUUAAAAACAAAGACACAGAGGUGUCACAGUCCAUGACAUAUGUUCACUGAACAGUAAGUAGUUACAGUGUAGCUGGAAUUGUGUGCAUCGGGGUGAGGAGCAAUAAGAGAUGAGACUGGAAAGUAGACUGGGAGAUGGGGGAACUCUGGAGAGCCUUAAAUGUAUCCUCAAUUCGAAUUUGUAAGCAAUGGAGGAAAAUAAAAAACUGAAACUUAUACAGUAAAAUCGAUGUUUUGGGAUAAUAUAUACUUCUAUGAAUUUUAACAGAUGUAUAGUUUUUUUUUUAUUUUAUAGAUUUGUGGAAAGGUCCUUGGGUGGCGUGAACGGUUUGCACUCGACUACUAACCUAAAGGUUGGUGGUUCAAAUCCACGGAGCCAAGAAAACUCUGUGGAGCACUUCUACUCUGUAAUGCAUGGGGUCACCAUGAGUCAGAAUAGACUCGGCAGCAACCUUUUUUGGUUUGUUUGUUUAAACAGAUUUGUGUAACCAUCACUACCAUCAACAUACAAUGCAAUUCCAAUACCGCAAAGAAUUCCCUCAUGCAUACCCUCUCUCACCCUAACCUCCGGCAACCACUGAUCUGUUCUCUGUCUCUAUAGCUUUGUCUUUUUGAGGACGUCAUAUAAAUGGAAUUUUACAGUAAGUAACCUCUUGCAUUGAAGGAUUUUGAGCUGAGGAGUGACAUGGUUAAAUAGUUAAGGCUAUUUCAGGAAGAUCACUUUGGCAUCUGCGUGAAGGAUGGAUUAGAGGCGGAUAAAACUAGAAGCCAGGAGACCAGCUGCAAGUCCUAGAGAUUCCAUUCCUUUGGCACAUAUGGUGCAUAUUCAUUAAAAGGCUGAUUGGAGUUAAUGAAACAGCCGUGGGAAGAAAAUGACACAAAAAUAGGUUAUGUUUACAUAUCUAUGAUGCUUUCAUAUACUUUAGAAUGAUUACCUGAAGGAUAUAAUAUUAAACACACACAAAAAGUAGGCUACAAAAGAGCACAUACAGUAUAAUUCAAUAUAGACUAUCAUAAAGAAAGAAAUUAUCAUCUCUAAUCCCACCACUCAGCAAUAACAAAGUAAGACCUUGGUGUAUAUUUAUACAGUUUCCAGACAUUUUUCUAUGAAUCCGUAUAUGUGUCUUAAAAAAAAAAAGUCCUAUUUCUCCCCUCUUGCUUCCCCUCCCCCACCCUGAUGCCAUAAGAAUAGUAGGAUAUGUAUAGUUCAUUUGUUCCUUUGUAUUACUUGGUACAUGAGUCCCUGGGUGGCGCAAACAGUUAUGUGCUCGACUACUAGCCAGAAGGUUGGCUGUUGGAACCCACCCAGAGGCAGAGCAGAAGACAGGCCUGGCGAUCUGCUUCUGAAAGAUCACAGCCUUGAAAAACUUAUGGAGCAAUUCUACUCUGCACACAUGGGAUCGCCAUGAGUCAGACGGCAGCUGUCAGCAGCAACAAAAACUACUUGGUAUAGUUGUGGGCAUGUAGUAGACACUCAACAAAAUUUAACCAGUUAUUAUUUCUAUGUUACUGAGCAGAGAAUUGAGAUAGAGUGAUUAAAUAACUUAGUGAGGAUCACAUAGCUAAUUACAGGCAAAUCAGAGAGUGGAAUCCAGAACUCCUAUCCCUAGACCAGAGCUAUUUCGGUAACUUUGUGUUGUGAAAAUGUUCAAACAUAGGUAAAAGAGAAUAAUAUCAUGAAUCCCCAAGUACCACCACCUAGCUUCAACAGUUAUCAUCAUUUUGCCAAUCUUAUUUCAUCUAGCCUCCAAUCACUCUCACUUUUUCUUUUCAUCUGGCUGGAGGAUUUUUUUUUUCUUUUUAUUGUGCUGUAGGUGAAAAUUUACAGCUGAAGUUAGUUUCUCAUACAAAAAUUUAUACACACACUGCUAUGUGACCCUAGUUGCUAUCCCUGUAAUGUGACAGCACACUCCUCCUUUUCAUCCCAGAUUUUGUGAUUGAAGUUUUGCAGUAUCUUGUAGAUUCUAGAGAUUAGACCCUGAUCAGAUUUGUCUUAGCCAAAAUUUUUUUCCCGGUCUGUAAGUUGUCUUUUUACUCUUUGAAGAAGUCUUUUGAUGAGUAUGAGUGUUUGAUAUUUAGGAGCUCCCAGUUAUCUAGUUUCUCUUCUGGAGUUUUGUGCAUUGUUAGUUAUGUUUUGUAUUCUGUUUAUGCCAUGUAUUAGGGCUCCUAGCAUUGUCCCUAUUUUUUCUUCCAUAACUUUUGUAGUUUUAGAUUUUGUAUUUAGGUCUUUGAUCCAUUUCGAGUUAGUUUUUGUGCAUGGUGUGCGGUAUGGGUCUUGUUUCAUUUUUUUGGUAGAUGGAUAUCCAGUUAUGCCAGCACCAUUUGUUAAAGAAACUGUCUUUUCCCCAUUUGACGGACUUUGGGCCUUUGUCAAAUGUCAGCUGCUCAUAGGUGGAUGAAUUUACAUCUGGAUUCUCAACUCUGUUCCUUUUGUCUAUGUAUCUGUUGUUGUACAAGUACCAGGCUGUUUUGACUACCAUGGGAGUAUAAUAGAUUCUAAAAUAAGGUAGUAUGAAGCUUCUCACUUUGUUCUUCUUCUUCAGUAAUGCUUUACAUAUCCUGGGCCUCUUUCCAUAUGAAGUUUUUCUCCAUCUCAUUAAAAAAUGUCAUUGGAAUUUGGAUAAGGAUUGCAUUGUAUCUGUAGAUUACUUUGAGUAGAAUUGACAUUUUCACAAUGUUGAGUCUUCCUAUCCAUGAGCAUGGUAUGUUUUUCCACUUAUGUAGGUCUCUUCUGGUUUCUCACAGUAGCGUCUUGUAGUUUUCUUUGUAUAGGUCUUUUACAACUCUGGUUAGAUUUAUUCCUAAGUAUUUCACCUUCUUGGAGGUUAUUGUGGGUGGUAUUCAUUUGGUGAUUUCCUCUUUCAAGUUCUCUUUGUUGGUAUAGAGGAAUUCAAGUGAUUUUUGUAUGUUUAUCUUGUAUCCUGAUACUUUAUUGAAAUCUUCUAUUAGUUCCAGUAGCUUCCUUGUGGAUUCUUUGGGGUUUUCUGUGUAUAAGAUCAUAUCAUCUGCAAAUAGGGAUAUUUUUUACUUCUUUCUUACCAAUUUGGAUGCCCUUUAUUUCUUUUUCUUAGCCUAAUUGCUCUGGCUAGGACCUUGCUGGAGGAUUUUAAAGACAAUUUCACAGUAAUUACUUUGCUCUGCCUCUGUAACUGAUGAAGACUUUUUUAAAAUACUUUUUUUGUUGAGAAUAUACACAGCAGAAUGUAUGCCACUUCAACAAUUUUUACAUGUACAAUUCAGUGACAUUGAUUACAUUCUUUGAAUUGUGCAUUCAUUCUCACCCUCCUUUUCUGAGUUGUUCCUCCUCUGGUAAAUAAACUCACUGCCCCUAUUUCAUCUUUCGAGUUGCUGUUGUCAAUUUCGUCAUAUUGGUGUGUGUAUAUAUAUAUAUAUAUAUAUAUAUCCUAAAAGAGCAUAAUGCUCAAGGCAGACAUUCUUCACUAGUUAAGCUAAACUAUUAUUUGAUUUUAAGAAGACUUCAGGGGAUAUUUUUUGUUUAUGGUUUAAAGAUUAUCUCAGGGCAAUAGUUUGGGGGUUCAUCCAGCCUCAGUGGCUCCAGAAUGUUUAGAUUCCAUAAGAAGUUGAAAUUCUGUUGUGCAUUUUCCUCCUUUUGAUCAAGAUUCUUCUAUAGAGUCUUUGAUCAAAAUGUUCAGUAAUGGUAGCCAGACACCAUCCAGUUCUUCUGGUUUCAUGACAAAUAAGGCAGAGACAAUUAGCUAUGCAUUCCAUUUCCUGCUAUUCCUGACUCUCCUUCUUCCUUUGUUGCUCCAGGUGAAUACAGACCUAUUAUUGUACCUUGGAUGACUGUUUGCAAGCUUUUAAGACCCCAGGCACUAUGCGAUGAACUAGGAGGCAGAACAGGAGCACUAAACACAUUAUUAGGCCAAUUACUGGGUUGUCCCAUGACACCAUGACUCUAAACCUCCAAACCAAGGAACCAAAUUCCAUGAGGUGUUUGAUUGUACAUAAGCAGCCUCUGUAUUACUCUCUCUCUCUCUUUUUGUCAUUGUUGUAAAUAUAUCUAUCACAGAACUUCUGCCAAUUCAACUUUUUACAGGUGUACAACUUAUUGACAGCAAUUACAUUAAUUGGCUAUGCAACUCUUACCCUUAAUCAAUGCAAUUUUCCAGCACUGUAAACCAAAACUCAGUACUCCAUAAGCAAUAACCACCUCCCCCCCGCCCCUGAUAACCACUAAGAAACUUCUGUCUCUUAAACAUUUGUCUGUUCUUGUCUUUUUAUAUAAGUGAGGUCAUACAACAUUUGUCCUUUUGUGACUGACCUACUCAGAAUAAUGCCUUCAAGUUCCACCAUAUUGUAUCAUGUUUCAAGACUUCAUUUCUCUUAUUGGUGCAGUAGUAUUCCAUUGUAUGUAUAGAUGACAUUUUGUUUAUCCAUUCUUCCAUUGAUGGAUACUUGUUUCCAUCUUUGGCUAUUGUGAAUAGUGCUGCAAUGAACAUUGGUGUAAGUAUCUGAGUCUCUGCUUUCAAAUCUUUUCAGUAUGUACCUAGGAGUGGAAUUGCUGAGUCAUAUAGUAGUUCUAUUUUUAGUUUUUUGAGUAAUUGCCACACUGUUUUCCACAAUGGCUGUACCAUUUUGCAUUCCCAUCAGCAGUGGAUAAGGGUUCAAAUUUACCUACAUCCUUGCCAGUGUUUAUUUUCUGUUUUUUCUUUUUAACCUUAGCCAUCCUAGUGGAAGUGAAAUGGUAUCUCAUUGCAGUUUUGAUUUGCAUCUCUCUGAUGGUGAAUGACACCGAGCAUCUUUUCAUCUGUUUGGUGGUCAUUUGAAUGUCCUCUUUGGUGAAAUGUCUAUUCAAGUCCUUUGUUUAUUUUAUGAUUGGAUUAUUUGUCUCUGUUGUUAAGUUGUCAAAGUUUUAUGUAUAUUUUAGUUAUUAGAUUCUUAUCGGAUAUAUGGUUUCCAAAGAUAGUCUCACAGUAGAUAGCUUGCUUUUUACUUUUUUGGUAAAGUCAUUUGAUUAACAAAAGUUUUUAAUUUUAUGAGGUCCCAUUUAUUUAUUUUGUCUUUUGCCAUUUGUGCUUCUGUUAUUAUGUUGGAUAAUCUAUUAUUACUACUUUGGCCUAACAGUGUUUCCCCUGCAUUUUGUUCUAGGAAUGUUAUGGUUUUAGUUUUCACAUUUAGGUCUUUAAUCCAUUUUGAAUUUUUUUGUGUGUGUAUGGUGUGGGGCAUGUAUCCUGUUUUAUUUUUCUGCAUGUGGAAAUAUAAUUUUCCCAACACCAUUUUUUGAAGAGAUUCUUCUUUCCCCAUCAAAUGAAUUUUGCACCCUUGGCAAAAAUCAGUUGACCAUAGAUGUGUGGGUUUAUUUCUGGACCCUAAUUCUAUUCUAUUGGUCUAUGUGUCCACUGUUUUACUAGUACCAAACCCAAAAAACCAAACCCACUGCCACUGAGUCAAUUCCGACUCGUAGCAACCCUAUAGGACAGAGAACUGCCCCAUAGAGUUUCCAAGGAGCAUCUGGCAGAUUCGAAUUGUCAACCUUUUGGUUAGCAGCCACAGCACUUAACAACUACACCACCAGGGUUUCCAUACUAGUACCAGGCUGUUUUAAUUACUGUAGCUAUGUAGUAUGUUUUAAAAUCAGGAAGUAUGUAGAUGUGGUUCCUUAGUCCUUUGGACUAAUCUUCCCUUGUGUCUUUAGUUUUCUUCGUUCUUCCUUCCCUCCGAAGGAGUGAGACCAGUGGAAUGUCCUGGAUGGCUGCUCACAGGCUUUUAAGACCCCAGAUGCUACUCACCAAAGUAGAAUGUAGAACAUUU